UGGCGUAUGUAACAGUACAGGGAUUUUUGUAAUACACCCAUGGGUGUGUGUCGGUUGUUACAUAUAUAUGCAGUGGGAGGGGGAAGAAACGACGCUGAGGACAACUCCUCUGAUAUGAAGGGCAUGUCGGACUAGCAGGCCUGCACUCCAUAUCAGUCCCCCCACCGUACAGUCGUGAUGGAUUUCGUGCUGAGCGGAGUUGCGGCGUGCGGAGCAUGCCUGUUCACCAACCCGCUGGAGGUCGUCAAAACGCGAAUGCAGCUUCAGGGAGAGCUCAAGAGCCGGGGCUCAUACCAAGUUUACUAUCGCAACGUGUUCCACGCUUUUUACACUAUCGGUAAAGUGGACGGACUGGCCGGCUUACAGAAGGGACUGGCACCAGGGCUCGUUUAUCAGUUUUUUAUGAAUGGAGUCAGGCUCGGCUCGUACGCUAUCAUUGAGAACUCUGGUUACAUCCACACCAAUGGAAGGGUCAGCGCGGCCAAAACCACGUUAGCAGGGGCUCUGGCUGGAGUGGUGGGAGCCGUGGUGGGAAGUCCUGUAUACUUGGUAAAGACUCAUCUGCAGAGUCAGUCUAGCUCCUCUAUUGCAGUUGGACAUCAAUAUAAACACAAGGGGAUGAUCCACGCUCUGGCAGCCAUCUACAAACAGCAUGGCAUUCUGGGAUUGUGGAGGGGCUCCAGUGCUGCUGUACCGAGGGUCAGCGUGGGGUCAUCUGCACAACUCUCCACCUUCUCCUCCUCCAAAGAGCUUGUGAUUGACCUACAGGUGUUCCCAAAGGACAGCUGGUUGGUCGCCCUAACUGCUGGCAUGAUCAGCAGUUUGGUGGUGGUGAUGGCUAUGACACCUUUUGAUGUAGUGAGCACACGGCUCUACAACCAGCCUGUGGAUCAUUUGGGAAAGGGGCAGCUUUAUAAAGGAUUCACUGACUGCUUUUCUAAGAUGCUGAGGAAGGAGGGCUUUAUGGGACUCUACAAAGGCUUGGGAGCCUCUUAUUUCCGGAUCGGUCCACACACCAUUCUGUCUUUGUUUUUAUGGGAUGAACUGCGCAAACUGCACCAGCAGUUCAGGGACAAGGAAACUAGAAAACUGUGUAACUGAUUAAGCUCUCAGUGCAUAGGUUAAACGAGUCCUCAUUUAAUGAGGAUACUAUUAUCAAGUAAAAGACAAACCAGGAGAUGGUCUUGAUGGGGUAAAAAGAGAGCAAAGGUAAAAUGUUACACUCCAAUAAGAAAACACAUUAGUACAGUCAAAAUGUCUCAGGAAGAAGGUGAAAAUGUCCAAACUGCACAUGUGGACAGAUAUGAUGAUAACCUACAUAGGAGCUUAAAGGGUAACCCUUAGACAUCAUAUACAGUAUACUAUAUGUCAAACCUCAUAGCUUGUUUCAUAGCUCUUUAACUCCUUAGUUACUGUAUGCCAUUUUAAAAGACCUAAAAUAAUAUGCACUGGAUACAACUCUGUACCCUUCAAAGAAAGCAUCAAAUGUGGCCCACAUUUGAGAAAUUUAAAUGGAUUGUGCCAACAGCCAAAACAGUGGCACAAAAACUCUUAAUAUUGAAAUGAUUGGUGGAAAUGUGCUUGCUGCUCCAUGCUUUGCAGUAGCAGCUGUUCUACAAGUUAGCACAAGUUAUAGUUUAAACCAGUGUUUUUUUUUUUUUAAGUUAAACAUACUGUAUUAUGACAUUAUGAAACGAAGCACGCAGCUUGUCCAGUGAAACUACUAAAACAGACCUGAAAGCAAAGUUUUGAGGAAUGUUUGCUGGUUACGCAAUUUGGGUUUGGUGAUAUUCAACAAAGUGAGUCAUUGCAGUUGGGUCAUUCCUGUUAUGCAGCAACAUUUCUGUCCCUAUUUAUUACUUCCUCAUAUUUUCUUUAAAAUGUGUCAAAUAUUUAUAAAAAUAAUUUCAUCUAUAUAUUAAGGUAUUGAUUCCUUAUCACAUAAACAGAAAAAUGCACUUUAAAAUACUUUUUUUUCCCAUGCUAUGUCGCCAGUGCAAAGUAAUAAAACUUUUACACAAA